GAAACGGAGGCCAUCUUCCCUAUUUAAUUGAUAUAUUUCUCCCCCAAAUUCCCAGAUCUCUCUCAUUCACAUUCCCCAAUCCGUUCAUCAACAAACUCGCGAAAGAGCCCUAAACACAAGAAUUGUUUCUAUUCUCGAUUCGGAAUCAUGAGUAAUCAAGCUGAAUCGUCCGAUUCUAAGGGUACGAAGAGGGAUUUUAGCACGGCUAUUCUGGAGAAGAAAAAGGCGGCGAAUCGGCUAGUAGUCGAUGAGGCUAUCAAUGAUGAUAAUUCGGUGGUCUCUCUACACCCCGACACUAUGGAAAAGCUCCAGCUUUUCCGCGGCGACACCAUCUUAAUCAAGGGUAAGAAAAGAAAAGAUACAAUAUGCAUUGCCCUAGCUGACGAAACUUGCGAUGAGCCGAAAAUCCGAAUGAACAAGGUUGUCAGAAGCAACCUUAGGGUUAGGCUUGGAGAUGUGGUUUCUGUGCAUCAAUGUGCUGAUGUCAAGUAUGGGAAGCGUGUCCACAUCCUCCCUGUGGAUGAUACUGUUGAAGGGGUUACUGGAAAUCUCUUUGACGCUUACCUGAAACCAUAUUUCCUAGAGGCAUACCGUCCCGUAAGAAAAGGUGACCUGUUUCUUGUUCGUGGAGGAAUGAGAAGUGUAGAGUUCAAGGUUAUCGAAACCGAGCCUUCCGAGUACUGUGUGGUUGCACCAGACACCGAAAUCUUCUGUGAAGGGGAGCCAAUCAAAAGAGAGGACGAGGAUCGUUUGGACGAGGUCGGCUAUGAUGAUGUCGGUGGGGUCCGCAAACAGAUGGCUCAGAUUCGCGAGCUAGUGGAGCUUCCACUAAGGCACCCACAGCUCUUCAAAUCAAUCGGUGUGAAACCCCCAAAGGGAAUACUUCUUUACGGUCCUCCAGGUUCUGGAAAGACCUUAAUCGCCAGAGCUGUGGCAAACGAAACCGGUGCUUUCUUCUUCUGUAUCAAUGGACCGGAAAUCAUGUCGAAAUUGGCCGGAGAAAGUGAGAGCAAUCUUAGGAAGGCUUUCGAGGAAGCUGAGAAGAAUGCACCAUCAAUCAUAUUCAUUGAUGAGAUUGACUCGAUUGCUCCCAAGAGAGAGAAAACGAAUGGUGAGGUCGAGAGGAGAAUUGUUUCGCAGCUCUUGACUUUGAUGGAUGGGUUGAAAUCGCGUGCGCAUGUUAUUGUAAUGGGUGCUACAAAUCGUCCGAAUAGCAUUGACCCUGCUUUGAGAAGGUUUGGUAGAUUCGAUAGGGAGAUAGAUAUUGGUGUUCCUGAUGAAAUUGGACGUUUGGAGGUUCUCCGUAUCCACACAAAGAACAUGAAACUUGCUGAAGAUGUUGAUUUGGAGAGGAUUUCCAAGGACACGCAUGGAUAUGUUGGUGCUGACUUGGCUGCUUUGUGCACUGAGGGAGCUCUUCAGUGUAUUAGGGAGAAAAUGGAUGUGAUUGACUUGGAAGACGAUACUAUUGAUGCGGAGAUACUGAACUCAAUGGCUGUUACUAACGAGCAUUUCCAGACUGCUCUUGGAACAAGCAAUCCCUCUGCUCUACGUGAAACAGUUGUUGAAGUUCCCAAUGUUAGCUGGGAAGAUAUUGGUGGACUCGAGGGUGUCAAGCGUGAACUCCAAGAGACUGUUCAAUAUCCAGUGGAGCAUCCCGAGAAAUUCGAAAAGUUUGGAAUGUCGCCUUCAAAGGGAGUUCUAUUCUACGGUCCACCUGGAUGUGGAAAGACUCUACUCGCCAAAGCUAUUGCAAACGAAUGCCAGGCAAACUUCAUCAGCAUAAAGGGUCCCGAACUACUAACAAUGUGGUUCGGUGAGAGCGAAGCUAAUGUCAGAGAAAUCUUCGACAAGGCUCGCCAAUCUGCUCCAUGUGUCCUUUUCUUCGACGAAUUGGACUCCAUUGCAACUCAGAGAGGAAGCAGUGUGGGAGAUGCAGGUGGGGCGGCUGACCGUGUGCUGAAUCAGCUUCUGACUGAAAUGGAUGGAAUGAAUGCUAAAAAAACUGUCUUUAUUAUCGGUGCCACUAACAGGCCCGAUAUCAUUGACCCAGCACUUCUCCGACCCGGUCGACUCGAUCAGCUUAUUUACAUUCCUCUACCUGAUGAAGACUCGCGUCACCAGAUAUUUAAGGCCUGCCUUAGAAAAUCGCCCAUAUCGAAAGAUGUGGAUAUGGAGAAGAGAAGAAGUGAGAACCCUGAGGCGAUGGAGGAAGAUGACGUGGAGGAUGAGGUGGCGGAGAUAAAAGCUGCUCACUUUGAGGAGUCGAUGAAGUACGCAAGGAGGAGUGUGAGUGACGCUGAUAUUCGUAAGUAUCAGGCGUUUGCUCAGACUUUGCAGCAGUCGAGAGGGUUUGGUUCGGAGUUUAGGUUUGCUGAUAACACUGGCGGCGGUCGUGUUGUUGGUGGUGGUGAUGGUGUUGCCGCCGAUCCUUUUGCAGCUCCGGCUGGGGCAGCAGAUGAUGACGACCUCUAUAAUUAG